GAGAGGGACGCGCCCCAGGUCUGGAUCGACUACUCGUUCCCAGGAAUGAAGGGCACCGGUGACGCAAUGACGCUGCUGGUCUGCCUGGACUUCGAGUCGUCGGCUAUCGAGAGUGCGAGCGUCAUGGAGAAGGGCACGGUGGAGUACGGCAUCAAGGUCCUGGUGCAGGCGUUGCAGUACUGGGGCCGCAAGCGCAUGGUGGUGUCGAGUGGUCAGGAGAACGCGAUCACGGCGCCUGCGAGAGCGGCGGCAGCGGCGCGAGACGAAGAGACGGUGUUGCAGGUCGGCCCGAGGUUCGAUUCCAAGUCCAAGGGUCCGAUCGAAGCGGCUGGAGGCAAAGUCCAGCAGCUCAUUCGCACGCUCGUGUACACCGUCAAUGCACGCUACAAAGUGGAGCUGAAGCCAAGCGAACCGAUCAGCAGUUGUUUGGCGAGGCAUGCAGGCUGGAUCCUCACGAGGCUUACCGUGAGAGGAGAUGGGCUGACACCGCAUCGUCGGCUCGAAGGACGAGAUUACCACGGUCAGAUCGCAGAGUUCGCGGAGACCGCGAUGCACAAGUUACCCCCAGGAGCCGCCGGGAAGAUAAAUGCCAGAUGGGACAAGGGCAUCUGGCUCGGCAAGGCGAACGUCAGUGACGAGCACAUGAUCGGCACACCACGGGGGCGGGUCUUUGCGAGAUCGAUCGCGAGGAGGCCCGGCGAGAAGCGGUGGAAUAAGAACCUCUUCAGCCAGAUCAUAUGCACGCCCUUCGACCCGAAGGCCACGCUCCUGGCGCGGGGGGCCAUGAACAGGCCGAGGUACCUGACCAAGGGGGUUCUCAACCGGUUGGGUCGGACGCCUGGCUGCCCAGCUUGCGACGAGACGGGCCAGCACCGCACUGCGGAGUGCAGAGCCAGAUUGGAGGCUUUGCUGGACGCGGAGGACAUUGCGAAGGGCCUGGCAGCACAGGCUGGAGCGCGAGCUGAAGCACCGCCACCAGCUCGAGAAGCGGUCAGGAAGCAGUCGAAGCGUGCACCAGCAGAGGAGCCAGGGCGUGGAGCAGCAGCAGCCGCGGCGGCAGCCGCAGUAGCAGCUCCCAGCGUAGCAGAAGACGUGGCGAUGGACCAUGAGGAGGAAAGCGUUGAGAUGAUGGUGCAGGAUCCCGCGGAGAUCACCGAAGGAGUGAAGCGACAGGUCUCAGAGAAGGAGGAGAUGCCAGAGGGCAAGAAGGCGCGCGUAGUCGGCGGGUUGGCCGCAAACAUCAUGCCAAUAGAGCUGUGCGCUGUGGAUCUCGGCGAGUACGCCGCGGAACCGUGCGAGGAGAAGGACCUUUCCAACGUCGAGGGGGCGAAGGGCAUGCUCGCCAGGGGCAAAUGGUUGCAGGACUGGAUGGUGGGCACCGACACUGUGCGGUGCAGGUUCGUGGCCAUGAAGGUUGCCUACCAGGCGCGCGAUGACGCAUUCGCUGGGGCGCCCUCGCUGAAGUUCGUCAGGCUGGCACUGGUGCUGGCAGCGACGUUCAGGAACCUCAUGAAAGUCUACCUGAUUGGGCUCUGGGACAUCAGCAACGCGUUCUUCCACGCUGAGAUGGACGAGGACGCAUGCGUGGUGCCGCCCUCAGGUGAGGAGGAGCCAAACGUAGUAUGGCAGUUGCGGAAGGCGCUGUACGGGACCAGGAGAGCAAGCAAGCUGUUCCAGCACAAGGUCAUUGGGACGUUGAUUGAUCAGGGCUUCAUCCGUAUGUUGGUGACGGAGAUAGUGUUCUACCACGUCCAGAAGGGCAUCUACAUCGUGGUGCACGGAGACGACUUCAUGGCCGUUGGGGCGGUUGAGGACCUGAGGUGGCCCAGCGAGAUCCUGGAGGCGAAGUACGAGGUGAAGCGGUCGCCGUUCGUGGGGCCCGCAGCAGGUGGAGGUGAAGCGACGUCUGGCCAUUUCCUGAAGAGGACGGUUCGCUGGACGGAGAAGGGGUUCCACUGGGAGAGCGACGCGAAGCACGCGAGGACCGCGGUCGAGGCCUGCGGGAAGCUGCCAGCGGCGAGGGAGAUCUCGCCGGCUUCCAAGAGCAUGGGGAAGGAGGUGCCAACGGCGUUGGACAAGCUGCGCCACGCAGAGGGGAAGCUGUUCCAGCCGGCGGCGCCGACGGCACUGUACCUGGCAGCGGACAGGCCUGACAUCCAGUUCGCGACGAGCUGGAUCAUGCGUGGGAUGCAGGAGCCACUGGUGCUCGAUGAGCUGGAGCUCAAGCGGUUGGCUGCCUACUUGGUGACCAUCGUGACGGACUCGGACUGGGCUGGAGAUGAAGAAGCCCGCAUGAGCCGUGGUGGAGGUUUCGAGUACAUCGGGAGUGCGUGCAUCGACAGCUGGGCUGGUCAGCAAGCGACACGUGCGCUGAGCAGUGGAGAAGCUGAGUACGUGGAGAUGACCAACUGCGCUGCGCGGGGGAUCUUCACGAAGAACCUGUUCGAGGAGAUGGGCAUCCAGAUGGCAGUGAAAGUGUGUGAAGACAUCACGGCCGCCAUCGGGAUAUGCUCGAGGCUGGGUGUCGGACGCAUCAGACACCUGGAUGUGAAGUACUUGUGGUUGCAGGAGAAAGUUGCCGAGAAAGAGGUGCCCACCGUGAAGGUGCCAACGGCAGAGAACGUAGCGGAUCUGAUGACCAAG